AAGCAGGCAAGCCAACGCUCUUCUGCUUCGCUAAACAACGGUAUCGGGGACAUAUCACGGCCAUGUCGCGCCAUCAGUUCGAUCUUGUGAUGUGCUUAAAGCAACCAGGGACCCACAUCGGUCGCCUGUGCGAGAAGUGUGAUGGGAGAUGUCCGAUGUGUGAUUCGUUUGUGAGGCCAACGGCAAAGGUACGGAUCUGUGAGGAAUGUGCCUUUGGGCAAGGAGCUGAGAAGUGUGUGAUCUGUGGAGGCCACGGUGUGAGUGAUGCGUUCUACUGUCACACGUGUGUCAUGCUGGAGAAGGACCGGGACGGGUGUCCCAAGAUUGUCAACAUUGGGUCAAGCAGGAUGGAUGUCUUCUAUGAGAAGAAGAAACAGAGGCAGAUGGGGGAACUACAGAACUGAGGUCUUGUAUAGAUUGUAUAUGUAAUGAUAAUCGUGACAUCGUUAUGUGUGUAU